CAAAGAUUAUUACAUGUGUCCCAAUUUAGACAACCAUUUUUUUCAUCCAAAAGUGCAAACAUAUACCUUACUUCCAAGCAUAUUCAUUGAAUGCCUUAGGAAACACAUAUUCAACAAUGUACCACUGAUAUCCCCCAAAUGCAUGCUGGUGGAUGUGCCCUACAGACGAGCGCGAGUAAGGUUAGAUUCAAGUUGGAUUGAUCGUAUCAACAUGUUACAGUUUGAUCAUGUCAUGCGUCAAUUGAAUUUGGGGCUGGUUAUGAUACGUAUGAAUCAUAUCGUGAGAAUCAGUGAGAAUGCGAUAUCGCAAAGUGAAUUAUAUUGAGUCACGAUUCACACUGAUUGAUUUGAUCAUGACAUGCGUUAAUUGGAUUUUGUUUUGGGUUGGUUACUAUACGUAUCAGUAAGAUCGUGUGAAUCAAUGGGAACACGAUCAAUUGCGCAUUGACUUUGGAUCGAGUCACCAGUUACAAUUCCUUCUUUCUUGUCAACCCAAGUUGUGCGGUUGAAUUUGGCAGGUUUGGUCAUACAAUAACCAAACUGGCAUUUAUUGAGUCGGCCACUAAAAAGAGUCAAUGUUCUAUCUAUCCAGUGUGAAUUAAUUGAUGUAGUGUUUAAGACAAUUAAAUGGCAGACGUGAGGAUGAAGCUACCUAGCUAGCUGUUGGAAGCUCACCUACUUGAGUAGGGAACAAGUUAGGUCAGUUUAAUUUCGAUGCACAUAUUACACUUGAAGAAGGUUUUAGCUAAUUACGUGCACAUCUCAAGCUAAAUGUUUGGUUACCAAUUGGACACGAUUUUGCUACCAAAUUAGCAAAGAAGUUCGUCUACCAUUAGUGGAUACACUAACCCAAAUUUAAGUUUUGUUAAACGGGAAGGAAGGACUAUUCUAAUUGGUGUUUAGCCAAAAAUGCAAAACGUAAUUGUGGGUGUUAGGGGAAAUCACACACUCCAUGCAUGUGUUAGUUUCAAGACCUUUCUUGCAUAUGCUUAUCAUCUCUUUUCUGAUUGUAUACAAAGAGUACAAGUACGAUAUUAGAAGAUUCAUUAUGAUAAAAAUUGUAUUAAGUUUAGCAGUAUUCGUCGAUCGAAAGUAACUUGAAAAGUUAUGAAGCAUAGCAAUCCACAUCCACCUCAUGCAAAUUUUGAUUGUCACUUAAUAGCUUAAGGUGGCAAUGUGAUGUGAUUUCCAUGGCAUGCAUGUGCAAAUUGUAAAAUUCAUAACCUAAUAAUUAAAAUACCGAUGUGUAUUCGUCCAAAAACAUUUUUGUGAUGGGAUGUUGAACUUGAAUGAUGGCGACAAAGAAAGCAAAUUAUCUGGAUAUGGAUCCAUCUCAAAAUCCUUAAAUGGGCCAUAUAACGCAACUAGUUGGUCAUGAAUUUGGAUAGGGUCAAUAUUCACAUUAGUGUGCUACCAAGUACCAACAGAUGCCAGCUCUGGACCUAGCCUGAGCUAAUGAGGUAAUAGAGCCCAAUCCCAAACCAAUUGAAAGCCCAAAUGGUAGCAAACUGCUUAAAAUAGUAACUAUUAUGCGAUAAAGAUCAAACUUCGAUAGUCUAAUAAAAAAUUUCCGGGUUUUAUCAUUGGUCCAGUAGUUGCUAGUAAUAUGAUGACGAAUCUCACAGAAUUUUCAUUCUACGUAUUUUCUUAUUCAAUGUAAAAACAGUGUAGAUGUUAUUAAUAGAUUUGAGAACUCAGUUUAUUACUCUUAUGGUGUUAUUUCGGGUCGUUUGGUAAGUACGUAAUGUAGAAUUCAUGUAUUUGAAGAAUUCAUGUAUAUUGUAAGUUGAGUAAUAUUAGAACAUAUUGUUUGGCUUGCAUGAGUUCAUGGUAGAACCCGCAUAAUUUGGCAUGAAAUCUCAAAUACUUUGGGUAAACCCAAAGCAUUUGAGAUACCAUGGUCAUAUGAAUUCUAGAAUUACAGAUGCACCAAUAUCAUGAUAUAUGUCCAAAAAUAAAACAAGAAAAACAGUGGAAUCUUAGAUAUCAUGUAAUCUUGAAAUCCGUGGGUAGAUUACAUGCUUACCAAACGACCUCUAGGCUUAACUAAAUCAGAAGUCGUACUGAACAAAGAAUUCUGAGUCUUCAAUAAGCUAAUUCUAAUUGCAUCUUUUUCAGGGUGAUCAUCUAUGGUUAUCUUAUCUCUAUUGAACCAUUUGUAAGAAAUAUAGGACGAAUGACGUUCGUAGCAAAUCACUUGUCAAAAUGAUUGAAUCAAGAGAUUAUGCUGAUUGAAGUUUAUCUUCACCGGUGCAAUACAUUACCCCUAAUCGUAAAUGCUCAUUUAACAAAAAAAAAAUCGUAAUCUGCAGUGAACUAUUACUCUUACACGAUGAGAAUUUUCUUGCAAUCAUACCAUAUAUUAUAAUCACUUAAUUACAUGUUGUUGCAGCAUUGAUGUGUAAGUGCGAUAUUAGGAUAUGCUUGUUUUUAUUAAAAACUCACAGAGAAUGUGUCGCACUCAAUUAUAAGAGUGCAAAAUAUUUGUCCUGUUCAAGCAUAUGGAGAUGUUUGGCCUGCAAAUCUCAAUACAUGAAAUUGAAAGGCAAAUUUGUAUCAUUAAUAACUUUGUAUGGUAUGUUGAAGAUAAAUAGGUAAUCCUCUGGUAUGGUUUGUCUAUAUCUCGUCUUCCAUUUCUAUAUCUUUUCCUUAACGAUCAGAAACGUUAAUGUUCUUAAUUUUUCUCCUAUAGAUAGCUCGAGAAGAAAAGAAAGAUAUAAAAUACAAAAGUUAUAGACUUUUGCGGAUAAAAAUCGCAUAACAGAAAGAAAGAAAUGAAUGUUGAUCGAACCAAUUCCCAAUAAAAGGUACCCUUGAACUCUUCUUUUGAUUAACGAAAUUUUCACUCUUAUACAAAAAAAUUCCCAAUAGGAGAGGUUGUUGUUCCAGAAAAUGAGUUGUCCUGUCGUACAUACUGAUAUUUUUUUUUGACAAAGAUGUUACUUGUAUUUCACUUGGAAAGAACACGGUUACAAAGAAAAGGAAAACCCCCUGAAAUCCAGCUUCAAGAAAAGACCCCAAACAAGAAAGAAACCCAAACCAACCAGAAGAGAACAUCAAACAUCCAGAGAACACAGUCGCGAAAACAUAACAAGAACAGAAACAACAAGGGAUCCUUCCAUGAGCCAAAACACAGGAAUCAUCAAAACUUUGUAAUCACAUCAACCAGAGUGGAACACAACAGCUUCAGCUCACCCAAACCAGUCUUGACCAUGAAAAAGGGCAUUGCUAAUUCAUAUGCCGCCUGCUGGGGGUUGUUCAAAGACACCCAUCACAGUGAAUCGCCGAAUGGGGAUUGCACGACGGUGGAAAGGACUGUGAACGGGCUGCUCAGAGCUGAAAACAAGGCCAACGGGACCGGGACGAAGAGAGCCAAGAAACAGAAGUGUGAGAUUCACCCAAGGGUUGAAAGACAACCACACAAAAGCAGAACCGAGAACAGAAACCACCUGCAAAACCAAACACCAACAGAGAACCCCAACACAAACCCAAACCCAGAACCCAAAGAAGCAGCCCCAACAACACUCCCAACAACAAACAAAAAGAGGAACAGACGAAACCUUGCAUGAAUCUCAUGACAUCUGCAACCAAAGUUCACCCGCCUCAGCAAUCGAAGGAGACACCGCUUCCCCCACAGUCAGUCGAAGCAUCGAGGAGCGACGACGGAUGGGGAAUCGGUGAAUGCAAUCACCCCAAAGGAGGAGAAGAUGACCACACCAAGCUUGGAUAGAAACCCAAUUUGCAUCCUCUGAACCCAGAAAAGAGCAGGGCCAAACCAGAUCUAGAAGAUCUAGUGAAGAAACCGGACAAAUCCUCCUCCUAACGAGAGGAAUGUGGAAAGAACCACUUCGGGAACGGAAAAAGCCACAACGGCUGCAAAAUGCCAUAGAUGGCAAGGAAAGACAUGAAAACACAGAGGAAGAGGACGGAGAGCAGGAAAGAAAAGCGAAAAUGAAAAGGAGGAUUGGGCUACCGCCGAUCACCAAGAUGUGCCGGCGGCAGCCCUGGGAGAUUGAAAAAAUAGAGAGAGCAGGGAAAUUUGAACUAGAGAGAGAAAGGGGAGAGUCGUAUAGCACGGUCAUGAAUGUUCUCUCCUGUUUCCUCAAUGCUGGUUUUUCCGUAUAGCACGGUCAUGAAUGUUCUCUCCUGUUUCCUCAAUGCUGGUUUUUCCCUCCGUACAUACUGAUACAAGGAGCAUAAUGGAGCGAUGCAUGUUGUAGUGAAGUAUGAAAGAUAUAAGCUUCUUUCGAUAGAGUUCUAAAUUAACAUAUAUGGAAUUGAAACUACUAGUUAUUUCCAGUGGCGGAUCCAGGGGGUGACCGUCACGGGUCACGGCCCAACCCUCUUCUGGAUCCGAAACUAGUAUAGCCUUUAUAAAAUUUUCGAUUUUAGACAUUCGGCCUAGUGUAUUUUAUAAUAAGAUUGUGUGUAAUUAGAAAAAUGGUUUAGAUGAAUACAUUCAAAUCACUACUCUAAAUUUAGCCUAGAAAUUUUAUCCUCAAUAAUUUUGGUAAAAAAAACAUUGAAACCUAAAAUUCUAAAAGUUUAAAACGUAAAAGACUAAAAGAAAUAUCGAGUUUGUUCCCUUGAAAAAUUACUAGAGCGGCUAGUGGAAAUAGGGAUGGACACACAAUAUAAAUUGAGUAGUUGAUUGAUUUGUCUAGUGUUGAUGUUGCCCGUUUCAACAACUAUUAUGGAGAGAACAUUUUCAACAAUGAAACAUGAGAAAACUAAUUUGUGCAACAAUUAAGAGAUGAAUUUCUUGUUGGUUGUUUAACUAUUUUAUUUGAAAGAGAGUGUAUUAUUAGUAUGGAUAUAGACUCCAUUAUUGACAAAUUCGCUAAAUUUAAAACUGUCGUGUACAAUUGACAUUGUAAAAAAACUACGGUUAUUAUAUUUUUGUAUGGUUUCUAAUUUUCUAAUGAAAUGCGGCCUAGUGC